CUGUGGAUUUACAAGCACAAGAACAAAACACGACCAUCUAACUAGACAAACCCAAGCCACAGCUAAUAUUCUGCUUAGUUCCAGCAGUAUUUGGCCCAAGACAGCCAAAAAGCUUGGGCAGCUCCUCUGGGCUGGCGAGGGUGGGCCUGGCUGGCUUCUUCUGCUUUAAGGGCCAGGGCAGCCAGGGCACUGGGCAGGGGAGCUCAUGGGACACUAAGAUUCCCCAGAGAGUUAAUGGCUAGGCCCACAGAAUCCUGGAGAGCCUGGCCGCCUCCUCCACAACCCCAAUCAGGACUGUAAGAAAGUCUGGGGGUGAAAUUCUUCCGUACUUCUUCCUGGGGCUGACUUCUCUGAGACCAGACCCAAGAGUGAUCUGAACAUUGUCUCCUUGGUGAGCACGGUGUUUUGGAGAGUGGUCAGGAUGGUUGGCCAUUCAUUCCCCCUCCAGAGGGCUUUGAUGGGGUGAAGGUGGGGCUGUUUUCUUGGAGCCUCAGGGGAGGGACUUUCUUUUUCUCAUUCAGCAGCUGGAAGGCAAGGCAUGAACCCAAGAUUCAGGCAAGACACCAUUUACUGCCUGCUGUGAACGGAAUGUCGGUUUCCCCCAAGAGACAACAUUCUUUUUGUUGAAAUCCUCACCUCCAAGGUUCUGCUAAGAGAAGGUGGAGUCUUUGGGAGUGAGGACAUAGGGAGAAGAUGGUCAUCUGCGACCAGGAAGAGGGUCCUCUGCAGAACCCCACACUGGCACCUGACUCAACUUCCAGCCUUCAGAACUCUGAGAAAUAAAUUGCAGAUUCCUGUUGUUUCUAAGCCAUCCUGUCUAAGCAGCUGGAAGUCUGUCAAGUGCAUUCUGGAAAUGGAUUCAGGCUAACAAUGUUCUGAAUAAUAACGCCUAAAACAAGAGCUAGAGACAUAAGGCAAUGGAGAACAUGCGUGGACAGCCCUCCACCCUCCUAGAACCAUGUAGGAGCUUAAAAAGUGCUGACCGGCCUGGCCUCACCAUGGUCUUUUUUGGUGUGAAGACCACGUGGUGCCAGACCUCAUCCUCCUCUUCCUGUGUCCUCUGGAAGUUGUCAGGAGCAAUGUUCCGCUUGUACGUGUUGGUAAUGGGAGUUUCUGCCUUCACCCUUCAGCCUGCGGCACACACAGGGACUGCCAGAAGCUGCCGGUUUCGCGGGAGACAUUACAAGCGGGAGUUCAGGCUGGAAGGGGAGCCUGUGGCCCUGAGGUGCCCCCAGGUGCCCUACUGGCUAUGGGCCUCUGUCAGCCCCCACGUUAACCUGACAUGGCAUAAAAAUGACUCUGCUAGGACCGUCCCAGGAGAAGAGACACGGAUGUGGGCCCAGUACGGUGCUCUAUGGGUUCUGCCAGCCUUGCAGGGAGACUCUGGCACCUACAUCUGCACUACUAGAAAUGCCUCUUACUGUGACGAAAUGUCCAUUGAGCUCAGGGUUUUUGAGAAUACGGAUGCUUCCCUGCCUUUCAUCUCAUACCCGCAAAUUUUAACAUUGUCAACCUCUGGGGUAUUAGUGUGCCCUGACCUGAGUGAAUUCAUCCGUAACAAAACUGACGUGAAGAUUCAGUGGUACAAGGAUUCUCUUCUUUUGGAUGAAGACAAUGAGAAAUUUCUAAGUGUGAGGGGGACCACUCACUUACUUGUGCACGACGUGGCCCUGGAAGAUGCGGGCUAUUACCGCUGUGUCCUGACAUUUGCCCACAAAGGCCAACAAUACAACAUCAGUAGGAGUAUCGAGCUACGCAUCAAGAAAAAACAAGAGGAGACCAUUCCUGUGAUUAUUUCCCCCCUCAGGACCAUAUCGGCUUCUCUGGGGUCAAGACUGACAAUCCCGUGUAAGGUGUUUCUGGGAACCGGCACGCCCUCAACCACCAUGCUGUGGUGGACGGCCAAUGACACCCACAUAGAAAGCGCCUACCAGGGAGGCCGCGUGACCGAGGGGCCGCGCCAGGAAUAUUCAGAAAAUAAUGAGAACUACAUUGAAGUGUCAUUGAUUUUUGAUCCGGUUACAAGAGAGGAUUUGAACAUGGAUUUUAAAUGUGUUGUCCGUAAUGCCCUGGGUUUUCAGACGCUACGCACCACAGUCAAAGAAGCCUCUUCCACAUUCUCCUGGGGCAUUGUGCUGGCCCCACUUUCACUGGCCUUCUUGGUUUUGGGGGGAUUAUGGAUACACAGACGGUGCAAACACAGAACUGGAAAAGCAGAUGGUCUGACUGCGCUACGGCCGCAUCAUGACUUUCAAUCCUAUCCCAAGUAAAAUAAACGGAAUGAAAUAAUUCAAA